AUACUUCGCUCGGGCAGUUUGUAGAGCACUCGCCGUGGCUCUCUGGUGAAUACCAUGCAUCUAUCCCCAGGAGGAGAAGUCGCUGAGGUGUUGCACGGACCCAGUUUGAUUGGAAUUUUCCUGAAUUUACUAUUGUAUGGCGUCGUUGUAACACAGGUCCGCUCCUACUACGACAGCUUCCCCAAAGACCCGACAUGGAUGAAAAUUUACGUCGGCGUCCUCCUUCUCGCCGACACACUGAACAGUGCAUUCAACAUGGCGUGGAUCUACAACGUGCUGGUCAACCACUUCGGCGACAUGGAGGCCCUUACGGAGGCUAAUUGGCUGUUUGCCUCAGAGGAGGCCAUGGCGGGCAUCAUCGCUGUGAUGGUCCAACUCUUCUUCGCCUGGCGGCUGAAGGUCUUGACGAAGAAUCGGUUCGUUGUCGCCGUCGUGGUCUGCAGCUCUAGCGUGGCCGGACUAUGCGCCAUCGGUACCGCCAUCGGGAUAACCAUGAAGCCCCAUUUCUCGGACUUCCACGUGCUCAACGCCGUUGCGAUUCCCUGGCUCGUCGCCUGUACGAUGUCCGACGUCCUGAUCGCAUUGGCCCUCAGUCUGUAUCUGAGGAAGCACAAGACGGGAUUCGCCCACACCGACACCGUCGUGAACAAGAUCGUUCGCUCAACCGUGCAGAACGGGCUUCUGACGGCCUCCUUUACGGUCGCCCAUAUUGUCGCCUUCUUGGCUUCUCCUACUGGGAUCCACAUGAUCUUCAACUACACUGUCGUUAAGCUUUACACCAACUCGGUCAUAUCUAGUCUCAACUCACGGAAGGAAUGGAUGGUUUCGCUUUCCGGGGAGGGCAACCGAGGCGGGGCGGCAAUGGCCAACUUCAUGACUACAAACCAGUCAAUUCACCAACAGGUGGUGACCAUUAAUAUAGAGACCCACGAGACGGUGGACGUGGAUAGCGACCCAAAGCAUGACCCUGAAUGGCCUGACAUGGCGGGCUCCCGGCCUUCUGCUGGUAAGAGGGGUGUAUCGGGGGACCCUAAGGCUUACGCGGUUUGACCACGCAUCUUCAUCAAUAACAAUAGGAAGGAGUAGGAUAUCGUAUAUACUGUAUAACUGUGCUCGCUGCAGCAGACGUCAAUCCUUAUGCCGUCGAUCCUUACACGCC